GUAAGCAGUGUUGUGUGAAAUCCAGCUCCGUUGUCUCCCUGCCCACUCAGUGGCAGUUUCCUGGAGCUGUUUGCCCCCUCUGGAGCCUCAGCAGAUCCUUCUUUCAGAAGUCACAACCAAGAGUCCUAAACAGGAGCCACCAUGCAGUGUUACAGCUUCAUUAAGACCAUUAUGAUCCUCUUCAAUUUUCUCAUCUUUCUGUGUGGUGUGGCCCUGUUGGCAGUGGGGAUCUGGGUGUCAGUCGAUGGACCAUCCUUCCUGAAGAUCUUUGGACCGCUGUCGUCCAGUGCCAUGCAAUUUGUCAAUGUGGGCUACUUCCUCAUCGCAGCUGGUGCUGUGCUCUUCGCUCUUGGUUUCCUGGGCUGCUACGGUGCUCACACUGAGAACAAGUGUGCCCUCAUGAUGUUCUUCCUCAUCCUCUUCCUCAUCUUCACCGCUGAGGUUGCAGCCGCUGUGGUCGCGUUGGUGUUUACCACAAUGGCCGAGCACUUCCUGACACUGGCAAUAGUGCCCACCAUCGAGAAAGAAUAUGGUUCCCAGAAGGACUUCACCCAAGUGUGGAACUCCACCAUGGAAGGGCUCAAGUGCUGUGGCUUCAAUAACUACACAGAUUUCGAGAAUUCUCCCUACUUCAAAGAGAACAAAACCUUUCCCCCAUACUGUUGCUUUUCUAAUGUCAACAGCACAGCCACGGACACUUGCACCAAGAAGGAGGCUGAGGACAAAGCUAUACAGGGCUGCUUCAGCCAGCUUCUGAAAAUCAUCCAAACCAAUGGAGCCACUGUGGGUGGUGUGGCAGCCGGAAUUGGGGGCUUGGAGCUGGCUGCCAUGAUUGUGUCCUUGUAUCUAUACUGCAAUAUGAAAUAAGUCUGCUUCUGCCUCCGCCACUGCUGCUGCAGACACGGGGAAGAGGCACCCUGGUACUGACAAGUGGGCGUGAUCAGCAUGGGGACAGGAUCUAACAGUGUCAUUUGGGCCAGAAUGGGCCUAGCCUUGCUGCUGUGGAGUUGGGGGCCACAAAGGGACCACUCUUUACAGGCUGUGCCUGACUUUGCCUUCCAUUGAUGCGGUUGGGGCCCACCUGUUCCAGAGCCAGUUCUAUGGUUGCAAGUUCUGCCCAUUCCUCCAGUCUGUCUCUGGAGCCCUUGAUACCCUUCAGGCCAACAGGAGCUCUUGGUGACUCUAGUACUCCACUGGGGAGUAAGGUACUCUAUAUCCUGGGUAUAUGCAAAAUUAGCAGUAACCAGGCGGAUGUGUAGAAGGCACUUCAGAAUUCAUAA